AUGGCUGAAGUGGCUGGCACCAUCGUUGGUGUCAUAUCGCUUUCCUUGCAGUUGUACGACAAACUCUCCGAAUAUACGAACGGUGUCAAAGAUGCUAGGAAGAAGGCUGAACAGAUCACCCGCGAGUUGGACACACUGGUGGAUCUCCUCGAGCAUCUGGAGACCGCCACUAGCAGGAUGGACCCUACGACACCUAUCGCAUUGGUCAAAGCUAUCAUCCAGCAAUGCGCGCUCUCCAUAGAGUCGAUCAGGACGAAGGUCGGAGAUGACACUCCUUCGACGAGCUCUAGCAGAUUCUCGACCCAGUCGCGGAAAGUGAUCAAACGGCUAGCAUAUCCGUUCAAAGAAAGCGAUAUCAAGUACUAG